CGAGUAACAUCAGUAAAAUAUUUUGUAACUCGCCCGCUUACAUAAAGCUAAAACACAAAAAUAAAAACAAAGCACAGCAAUAAAGUGCGCUGGAAGAAUAAUGCAAAGGCAACAAACACAAAAGUCGUUCGAUUUGGUUUAUGGCCCUCGGGCCGCAGUUGAAAUAUAAUUUAUUAUAAUUAAAAAGCAGCAAACGAGCAAAUAUCAUAAUACACAAUUACAUACAUACGCGUGAGUGUAUGUGUGCAUGUGCAUAGAUAAUUGUCAGUGUUUGAUUUUCACUUGUCUUGUGUGCUUGCUUUACGUGUAAUCAUACGCGCGUGUAUGUGUGCGUGCGCGUGUGUGUGUGUGACGCAGCUGCCAUUGCAGCAGGCAGGCGGCAGGCCUAGGUGACAGUGCAGCCGCCAACGCAGUCGACAUCGCAGUCGCAGUCGUUUUGACUAAUGCAACACACAAUAAUAGAGGCGAAUGCAAAACGUAAGGAAAAAGCUUCUACGUGACCGACUUGAAGUUUUUGUGCCUAUUAACUGCGCCAAGGGGUGGAGAGAAAAAGGCAGAGGAAGAGAGAAAGAGCUUUUCAUUGAAUGCAGUUUUUAACUGAUAUAUCUAUAUAACAACUACAAGCAUUUGACAAAAGAACAAAGAAGAAGAAGCAGACAUUUAAACAUCAACUUUACAACAAAACAACUACUAUCUGAACUAUACUACAUCUGCAAGCAUAUAAAAGUAUUUUCCUGAAAGCUGCGAUAAAAGAAAAGCGUGCCAAGCAGAGAGCACAACCGCAACGGGCAAAGCCACGUCGAACGACGACGGAAGGCUGAAAACCCCCUUUUCAUCUAUUCCUCCUCCCAAUUCUUGAUCCAUACAUAAAGAGAAACAAGAAUAAACAUGGAUGACGAUCAACAGUUUUGUUUGCGAUGGAACAACCAUCAGAGCACAUUGAUCAGUGUAUUUGACACGUUGCUGGAAAAUGAGACACUAGUCGAUUGCACGCUCGCCGCUGAGGGUAAAUUUCUCAAGGCCCACAAGGUGGUGUUAUCAGCAUGCAGUCCCUACUUUGCUACAUUGCUGCAAGAACAGUACGACAAGCAUCCGAUAUUCAUACUCAAGGAUGUCAAAUAUCAGGAACUGCGCGCCAUGAUGGAUUACAUGUAUCGCGGCGAGGUCAACAUUUCGCAGGAUCAACUCGCUGCGCUCCUCAAGGCCGCCGAAUCGUUGCAGAUCAAGGGAUUGUCCGACAAUCGCAGCGGUGGCAACAGUGGCGCCAGUGGCAACACUGCGGCAGCCGCCCAGGCUGCAGCGCAACAGGCCACCAAAUCGGAUGCACAUCAUCGCGUCAAGCUGAGCGGCACCUAUACGCUGGAGCAGACGAAGCGAUCGCGUGGUGCCAUGGAUGUGUCUGGUGAUGUGUCUGGAUCACGCGAAGGCUCCUCGAGUCCAUCGCGUCGUCGCCGAAAAGUGCGUCGCCGCAGCAUGGAAAAUGAUGUGCACGACAACUCGAAUUCGUCAGUGCUGCAAGCAGUCGCCGCCGCCUCCAAUCAGUCAAUCCUCCAACAAACAAGCGCUAGCCUCGCCGCCUCCGCUUUGGUCAGCACUCAAUUGGCCAGCGGUAGCAGCGUUGGUGCCGCCGCCGCAGCAACAAAUGCCAGUGGCAGCAGCAGCAUCCAAGUAUCGACCCAGCCAUUGACCAGCAGCAGCAGUAACGUUACCAAAAAGACUGAAAGCGCUAAACUAACAUCGACAGCUGCCCAGGGCGCCCAACAACAGCAGCAGCAGCAGCAACAACAAACCACAAGCGAUGCCAUUAACACCGACAAUGUACAACAACAACAACAGCAACAACAGAAUGAAAGCACCCAAGGCGAAGCCGAUGAAAUGGAUGUGGCAAGUGGUGGUGCUGGUGUUGCAAGUGGCGCCGUUGCCGUUCAUCCAGGUGUCGUUAAGCAAUUGGCCACUCUAGACAAGUCGAAUCAUAAACAAAAGAUCAAAGAUAAUAGCAUAACAACAACCGCAACAACUGAAAUGGUAAUUGAGCCCAAGGCCGAAUACGAUGAGGAUGCGCACGAUGAGAACGUUGAGGAUUUGACUUUGGAUGAGGAAGAUAUGACAAUGGAAGAGCUGGAUCAAGCGGCUGGCACCAGUCAGGGUGGCGAUGGAUCUAGUCAAGCAUAUGCAACAUGGCAACACGACAGAUCUCAGGAUGAACUUGGACUAAUGGCCGCACAGGAUGCACAGCAACGGGAUCCACAAGCCAACAAACAGGACAAAUCCGAGCAAACCGAGAGCCCACCCGAUGAAUUCGAACUGGACGAUUGCCUGCUGGAGAGCAACGAUAUUGUCAUCACACAGAACAAGGAUGGUUUCGUGUUGCACGUCAAGAAGUUGGGCAACAUCACAGCCGCCAAGUUGGCCGGGGAGGAGGAACCAACCGCAGCGGUCACAGUCACUGGACCAGCUGGACAACCCACCCAAACCAUCACCGAAUUGCUCAAUGCCGCAGCGCACAGUGGAGAUGUGAAGCCCACGUUGACCACAUUAACCAACACGCCCAUCAAAUUGCCCUCAUCCGAGUGUGAGCUCAUCAACAUUAAGAAAAUCAUCCCAACCUCCACAACCAUUGCGACGCACGGUGGCAGCGGCAGCAGUGGCACAACCACGAUCAUACAUCCUCACCACAUCAUACAGCACGUGCCACAAGAGUCGCAGCAGCAGCAGCAGCAGCAGCAACAUCAUCAUCAACAGCAGCAGCAACACCAGCAGCAACACCAACAGCAGCAGCAACAACAUCAGACGUUGCACAUUGAAGAAGUGCCGCAGACAUCGCAUCAUCAUCACCAUCAGCAGCAGCAGCAGCAGCAACACCAUCAGCAACAACAACAACAGCAGCAACAGCAGCAACAACAUCAUCAGCAGUUGCAUACGACUGCGCAGCAAGUACAAAGCAUAAUCACAGCACAUCCGGGACAGACGAUCAAUUUGGUGGGACUGCGCAAUGUGCAGAUCGGUGAGCAGAAGCCAAACAUUGCGUCGCGUAUUCGAUAUUCGCGUGGCAAGAUCAUUGCGCCGGCUGUGAGCAAUCUGCAGAUUGUGGAGACCCACGAGGCGAUACCGCAUCAGCAUCAUGAGCUCGCCGAUGGCACCAAGUAUGAGAUUAGCGAAAUCGAUUUGAACAAUCCGAAUGCAUCGGCGGCGAUCAUCAGUGAUCUGGUGAAGUAUGCGGAAAUCGAUGACAUUGAGCUGCCCGAUGGCACAAAGAUUGGCAUCGGGUUCGCUCCAUCCGAGCUUACGGAGCACAUGCAGACGACGGGCGGUGAGACGCACAUCACAACGAUCGAGCACGAGCCGCAAGAGUUGCAGGUGCAUCAGCACGAUCAGCAGACGCAUACGCAUCACAUUCAUGCCACCCAGCUGCAGACGCAUCACAUCCAUCAGGGCACCGUUCAGGUGCAACAUGAGCAACAGGAGUCGCAGGAUCAACAGGAGCAUCAGCAUCAUCACAUCCAACUGCAGGCCGACGACGAUGAUGGCGUCGAGACGAUCAUACCUGAAGAGCUGGGCGUCCAUGAUUCGAGCAAGAGUUACACCAUCCUGACAACGCGACCCAUGAAAGAGGAAUCCGAUGCCGGCAACGAUCCCAGUGGCAUGACCUAUGAACUCUCGUUGAGCGACUCCUCACUGGGUCCCUGCGAUGACCCCGAGUCGCGUUAUGUGUGCCGUCAUUGUGGCAAAAAGUAUCGCUGGAAGUCGACGUUGCGACGCCACGAGAAUGUCGAGUGCGGUGGCAAGGAGCCGUGUCAUCCGUGUCCCUACUGCACCUACAAGGCCAAGCAGCGUGGCAAUCUCGGUGUCCAUGUGCGCAAGCAUCAUCCAGAGAAGCCCCAACUAGAGAGCAAGCGGGGACGUAAGAUCUAAGCCGUUGAACUGAGGACAGUGAGUACCACAAACAAAAAACGAUAAAAACAAAAUGCAAACACAAAGAACAGCAGCAACAAAGCGAAACAAAAUACUAAAAAAAAAAAUUAGAAUUAUAUUCAUAAUUUCUUCAUUAAGCUUAAACCAGUUUUCAUUAUUGACUUUCUAUACAAUAUAUUCAUAUAUAUAUAUUAUUUUUGAUUCUUCUCGAGCAUUAUAAAUUAAUGCAAUUUGCUUAGUUGUUGAUUAUUUGCUUAAGUUCAAACUUAACGUUUACAAAUAUGUUUUGUUUUAAUUAUGGAUUAUCCAUUUCACAAAUCUUUGCAAAGAACUUUUUUCACUUGGGCUUUAAUUUAUGUCUUCAUUAUUUUUUGCGUAAUUUUUAAAAUUACGUUUCUUAGAGCGUUUGUUGCAGCCGUAACAGCAAAAAAAACAAGAGAAAAAUUUAUGAAAAAUACAAAAAUAUUAAAAAUACCAGAAUCAUGUGCAAGUAUUUUCAUGGAAAUAACACAAAGAAUUAUGUUUAAACAAAAUGAAAAAAAGAAAAAUAUACAACAAAAAAAAUAUACAUAUUAGUUUAGAUUUCGAUAAGUUAAAUUUUAAAUAAACUUCAAGCAUAAAUUUAACACAACAUCUAAAUGUCUUCGCAGAAAGUACAGUACCUAGCAAAUCUUCUAUAUAUAAAUACGUGUAAAGAUUUAAACAAAUUAAUAUUUAAAAUUACUAUAUUUCAAAUGGGAAUAUUCAAGUAUUUAAGAUAAAUGCAAAACAAGAAAACGAAAAAGAUGCAAACCAAUGUUAAAGUGCACAGUGUGUUUUUGUUUUUAAUUAUAUUAAACACGUAUCACAAAUAAUUUCGAUUUUUAUUUCGUGACAACAAGAAUAAAAAUUUAAAAUUAAUGCAAAUAUACAUAAACAAAAAAGAAAAUAGUCUGAAUCGGAGGCUUACUAAUAAAUACGUUGUCAAAUGUUGUUUUUUACAUAACACAAACAAAAGUUAAAUAACAAAAUUGUAGUGAAAAUAUUUUACAAAAAUAAAAAAACAAAAAAAAUUGACGAAAGAAUUGGGAAAAACACGAAGAAAAAAAUCAGGAAACAAUAUUGCGUGUAAAAUUGAAUCGAAACUGAAUGAAAAAUAUAUACAUAUAAAUUAAUAAAACAAUUUAGCAAAAUUACAUGUAUAUGACUAAUUAUAUUCACAACUUUUUACAAAACUAUAUACAUAUAUUUUUUUCGGAAAAACAAAAAAACGAACAAGAGGAAAAAAUGGCAAUUCAAUUAUUGAAUUUUACAUAAUUUACAUGGAAAAUAUUAUAAAACAAAAACCAAAAAAAAAAAAAAAAAAAUUGAUGGUGUGUACAACUUUUAAUUCAUUGCUAAACAUUUAUUAUGUAUACAUAUUAGAUCUAUAGAAAGUAUAUAUUUUGAAAUAGUUGUAAAAUAAACGUAAAAAAUAAAUCCCAAAAACGAAAAACUUGUUUUCUUUUAGAUGUAUUAUAUGGAAUAACUAAUAUAAAAGAAACACUACUAAUAUAUUUCUCUUUCUUGCAGGAAGACGUUCUACAUGAAACCCUCAACUGCUGAAGAAAUUUACAUUUUUACACAAAUCACCAAAGUUGACACGACUUUUAAUAUAUUUCUCUUUUUUGUAGGUGACCAACAGAUGAGGAAAAUAACUUGGAAACAAAAGGAACUACAAACAGCUCUAUAUAAGUACCUAAAUUUUAAGUAAUUGUUUUCUGUAUAUGCCACUAAAAAAAAAACAAACAAACAAAACAAAAA